CUCUUGUGUGUGGGAGAUUUCUUUGGCUCUGCUCAAGAUCCAGAAUGGGAAGACUAUCAAACGGGAACAAAAAAAGCUCCUAUUCAGACAUAUAUCUUGGGUGCCAACACUGAAGAAGCCGUUCGUCGCUUUCCAGAUGUCAGUGGAUGUGAGCUAGCUGAGAACAUCACUUAUCUGGGGCGCAAAGGUGUCUUCAGUGGAGCCUCUGGACUUCAGAUUGCAUACCUCAGUGGCGUUGAGUCCUUGCAGGAGCCGGCCCCAGCACACUGCUUCAGCUCCAAGGAUGUGGCUGACCUCAGAACAUCACUGCUGUCCACUCCGAAGUUCAAAGGCAUUGAUAUCUUGCUGACCUCCUGUUGGCCCAGAGGGGUAGAGAAAUUUGGAAACAGUCCUGGCAACGUGGACACUAAGAAAUGUGGUUCGGGGCUUGUGUCUGUGCUUGCUGGCAGUCUAAAGCCAAGAUACCAUUUCAGUGGUUUACAGAAGAUCUAUUAUGAAAGACUUCCUUAUAGGAACCAUGCUGUUCUUCAGGAGUCUGCACAGCAUGUGAGCAGGUUCAUAGCCCUGGCGAAUGUUGGCAAUGCAGACAAGAGAAAGUACCUCUAUGCAUUCAGCAUCCUUCCAAUGAGUUCCAUGGAUCCCGCAGAACUAGUCAGACAGCCGCAGGAUGUCACUGAGAACCCCUACCGAGGGCCUGGAGGAUGGGAUCGCGGUGCCCAGCAGCUGCCAGGAGCAGAGGAAGAACCCGCCUGCCAGUUUUUCUUUGAUCUAAGCCCCAAGCCCAAAGGACAGAAGCGGCCUUCUGAAGGUCGAGCCGGGCGGCAGCCCCAGACCAAGCGGCCCCCUGGCAAGCCCCCCCUGCCGACAGCCGCUUGCUGGUUCUGUCUUGCCAGCCCAGAGGUGGAGAAGCACUUGGUGGUGAGCAUCGGGGCCCACUGCUACCUCGCCCUUGCCAAGGGGGGCCUCUCUCCUGACCAUGUCCUGGUUUUGCCCAUCGGGCACUGUCAGUCAAUGGUUGAACUCGCUUCGGAGGUGGUAGAAGAAGUGGAGCAGUACAAGUCGUCGCUGAAGAAGUUCUUCCGGAGCCGAGGGAAGAGAUACGUGGCCUUUGAGAGGAACUACAGGAGCCAGCACCUCCAGCUGCAGGUCGUUCCCGUGCCUCAGGACUGCUGCACUACUGAAGACAUCAAGGAGGCCUUCAUCGCCCAGGCUGAGGAGCAGCGGAUGGAGCUGCUGGAGAUCCCAGAACAUUCGGCUCUCAAGCAGAUAGUACAGCCCGGAACACCCUAUUUUUACGUGGAGCUGGAUACCGGGGAGAAGCUCUUCCACCGCAUUGGGAAACACUUUCCCCUGCAGUUUGGCAGGGAAGUUCUGGCCAGCGAGGGCAUCCUUGGCAUGCCCAGCCGGGCAGACUGGAGGAGCUGCCAGAUGGGGAGAGAGGAGGAAGCCGCCGCGGCCCAAGCCUUCCGCCAGGCCUUUGCACCCUUUGACGUCGCCCAGGAGGACUGAGCGCCUGACCAGGAGCAACCUGGCCGUGUCCUGCUCUUUCAUUCGGGUCCUCUGCAGUGGGCAGAGCUGGCUCUGCACCCAGUCCCUGAACUCUUCUUCCUGGCCUGGUCCAGCGCCUUCUUCCGCAGGCAGGCGGGCAGGCGCUGAGCUGCUGGCACAGGAGGCCCCUAGAGGUGCAAGGGAGGUGCUGGCAAGGGGGCAGGGGGAAGCCGGACCGCGACCGGGGCUCUCUCCACCAACGGCAGACGGGCGGGGUCUUUGCUGCUGCUGGACCCUGGAAGGGUCAGCAUGGCCAUGAGAGAUUCAGCCUUUCUUUGCCCCUUGACUUUGUCUGGAGCUUCUCAAAUGCUUUAUUUAUUGUGAGAUCUAAUCCGGGGUGUGGGUGUGUGUGUGUAAAUAGGCGUGGAUGGAUAAUGAAUCAUUUAUGUGGUGUAAACAGUUUUGGCAUUUUAAAUACAAGGAUUUCUAACACCCGCCUGGG